GCCCGUUGCCUGGCAGCCAUGUCGGCGCGGCGGGCGCGGGGCCCGCUGCAGCGGGUGCAGCGGCGGAGCCGGGAGCUGCGGGAGCAGGUGGAGGCGCUGCGGGAGGAGUGCGCGGCCGCGGCCCCCGGGCAGCGGGAGGCCCUGUCGCUGAGAUGUACGCAGCUGAAGAAAUCGGUGGAUGAGAAUACAAAUGCGCUUCGUGACUUGAAAAAAGCUGACGAGCCUGCGCCUGUGGGGAGUUACAAUCAGAGGAAAGAAGAAGAAGAAAAGCUGUUGCAAAAACUCUCUGAGCAGUUGCAGAAUCUUGUUCUUGUCUUGGAUCAGGAUAACACGACAAAGAAGUCCUCAGUGGAUAAGCACCAUCAGAAGGGUCCUCAACCAGAAGAUGAAAAUGAAGAAGAGGAUGAGAGUGAAGAUGAAGAAAGUAGUGAGGAGAAAGACAGUGAAGAAGCAGAUGAUGAUGAGGAGGAGGAUAAAUUGUUGGAUGAUCCAAACGUUAAGGAAUGUAUCGCAGUUGGGAGCUUUGAUGCACAGCAGGAAGGGGAUCUCACAUUCAUGAAAGGGGAAAUCCUGCUCAUACAUGACAAGAGGGCAGAUGGCUGGUGGGUAGCUGAGAACUCGAGAGGGGAGAGAGGCCUGGUCCCUAGAACCUAUCUUGCGGUCCAUGAAGAAGACGACGAAAGCCAAGAGCAAAGUGAAGAACACGUAGAAGUGGUGGAUGAAACAGCAGAUGGAACUGAAAUCAAAAAAAGAACAGACUCUCACUGGAGUGCUUUGAGAAGAGCUAUCGCAGAGAAUGACACAGUAGAGGUACUGACAACCAUAGGAGCUGUUCCUGCAGGAUUCCGCCUGUCCACACUUUUCCAGCUCUUGGAGGAAGGCAAUCAAUUUCGAGCAAGUCACUUUCUGCAGCCUGAACUUACUCCAUCACAACUGGCUUUCAAAGACCUGGUGUGGAAUGCUGAAAAAGAUACUAUCUCUCCCAGACCAACUCGAGUAUCCCUGAUCGUAACUAUAUGUGGCUGUAAAAUGAUUCCCCUCCCAGGAGUCAGCAUACAGGUCCUCAGCAGACAUGUUCGACUCUGUCUUUUCGAUGGCAACCGGGUGCUGAGUAACAUUCAUACAGUGCGGGCUACGUGGCAACCUAAAAACCCUCAAACCUGGAGCUUUUCUCCAAAGGUAACAGGCAUUCUACCCAGCUUGCUGGAUGGAGACUGUUUUGUCAGGUCCAACUCCCUGGCUGCAGACAUUGGGCUGUUGUUUGAACUUGGCAUCACUUACAUUCGCAAUUCAACAGGUGAAAGAGGAGAGCUGAGCUGUGGCUGGGCAUUCCUGAAGCUUUUUACUUCUAAUGGAAUGCCUGUUCCUGCCAAGAUGUACGAGCUGCCAUUAAAUGGUGGGACUCCCUGUGAGAGAGGUGUCGAGGUUGACCCAUCAAUAUCAAGAAGAGCAGGCAGUGGUGUUUUCCAUCAGUUCAUAGCACUCAAGAAACAGCCUGUGCUUCUACUGAAAAUGAGGUCAUUGAGUGUGCAGUCAAAAGACAUCCUGAAUUUGCUCCCAGAAACACUCAUCGGCAGCAUGUGCUACAUCCACCUCUUGAUAUUCUAUCGGCAAAUCCUUGGUGAUGCACUCCUGAAAGACAGAAUAAGCCUGCAAAGCACAGAUUUAAUCUGUAAUCCUAUUUUAGCAACUUUCCCUCAACUCAUGGAUCAGCCAGACCUGAUGGAUGCACUUCGGAGUGCUUGGGCAGAUAGAGAAAGAACAUUGAAGAGAUCUGAGAAGCGAGAUGGGGAGUUUCUGAAGUCUCUGUUCGUGCUGGUGUACCACGACUCCGUGUUCCCGCUGCUCCACUCCACGCUCCUGCCCCCGUACAAGUGGGCUGAGGAAGAGGCGGAGGCCUUGCGCUGGAAGGUGAUCGCUGACUUCCUGAAGAAGAGCCGGGAGAACGACGGGGCGCUCCGGUACCUGCUGGCAGCAGAGAACACUCACACGGCCUUUGACAUCUCCGAGCUGGCUUAUGACUUCCUGGGGGAAGUGAGGGACAAUGACCCUAAUGUGUGAAUGGAUAUAGAGGAGCAGCUCAGGGUGUGGAAGAACGGGGUAACAACAUGAAUAAAUUCUUACAAACUGUGCUCUA